GUUUUUCACGGGGAAUUGCUGUCAUGUGUCGCGUGCUAGUAAUGUGUUUUUAAAACAAAACAAUUCGCCAAAAAUCUAUUUCUCCCGAUAUCGUCCAAAAAAUGCCGAAAUUCCAACAUUUAGUCGUAGAUACUGCAGCGUUUGUGAAAAAUGAGCAGCUGCAGAACUACGCAGAGAACUGCUACACCGUACCGGGUGUGCUGGCAGAAAUCCGUAACAAUCGACAGAUUAAGAACCUGGCCGUGCUUCCCUACAAUCUGCAAGUGAAGAGUGCAGAUCCAGAUGUGCUGGCCAAAGUGGUAGCGGUAGCAAAGAAAACCGGUGACUAUGCUUCACUGUCGCUGGUCGAUCUGCAGGUGAUCGCGCUAACGUACGAACUGGAAACAUUGCACGUGGGCCGUGACCAUUUGCGCGAAGAACCGAUGCCCGCUAUCACGGUCACUGCCGACACGAAGCCAGCUGUUCUACAGGGUACGGAGAUGAUGAAAGGAUUCUAUGUUCCGUCGAAAAAGAGUGAAGAUGAUGCUGAAUCGCAACAAGAUGAUGAUGUUGCUUCAGAGUCCUUAAAUGACCACAAUGAAGCCCAGGAACGCGAGUCACUAUCCAAGCCAGAUUCGGAAACAGUUACAGAUGAACAGAAGGAAACUGAGCAUGAAUCAGCAAGCGAAGAGGAAAAUUUCGACGAUGAAAUAUGUGAAGAGGAGGAGGAGGAGGAAGAAGAUUUCGAGGGUGAAGGUGACGAUGCCGAAGACGACGAGGACGAUGAUAGCUGGAUAACACCGACCAAUAUCAAACAGGUCAAGCGUGACAUGGGAAUGGAUCUGCACGAAGAAGCAUCGACCACCGUGGCCUGCAUCACAACCGAUUAUGCGUUGCAAAACGUGUUGAAACAGAUCGGGUUGCAGGUGGCCGCACUUGACGGUCGCAUUAUCAAGCAGGUGCGCACGUACAUUUUGCGAUGUUACGCCUGCUUCAAAACCACACCGGACGCGACGAAAGUGUUCUGCCCGAACUGUGGCAACAAGACGCUAAAGAAGGUAGCCGUUAGCUUGGACGCUGAGGGCAAACAGAUUAUCCACAUCAACACCCGUCGACCGCUGACGGCCAAGUACAAAAAUCGUCCGAUUGCCAAGUUCGAGGGUGGCAAGUAUGCUACCAACCCGCUCCUGUUUGCCGAUCAACCACUGCCACAGCAGCGCGUUUCGGCAAAGGCACGGUCGAAAACGAAUGCGCUCGGGGAUGAUUAUACGGCUGGGUAUUCACCGUUCGUGAUGCGAGACAUCGAUUCACGUUCGGCCGUAUUGCGUGGAUCGUCCAAUUUGAAGCAGCGAAUGACCAACCUCACGUACGAUAACAAACGCCGGGGCUACAAAAAGUAGAGGAAAAAUAACUGGUGAAAGCCGGGUCGCAUUUCCAGUCGUUAAUAUUUGUACGGGGGUUAAGUAUAUGCUGCUAUCAAUUUCUGUUUUGUGACGGAAUUAUAAUAUGGUUCGGAAAGCGUUCAAUUUGAUCGCAAAGCGAAACUGUUGCAUCGAGUCGUGUAAUAAAUGAAUAUAAUACAAUACAAUAUCGCACUUAUUGAAUGUAAAAUCAUAUAAAACGGAAAGCUCUAUUGUGCUGACUGCAAAGCAAACUGAUCGAGGAGUUUUAGUACAAUUCCUCAGAUGUACUAAAACACGCUCAUCCUCUUUAUAAAAUACAAACA